UAAUUACCGAAUAGUACCUGUUGCUGUUGGCAACUGUGACGAGACAAGGUGUUGUUUACACAAUUCUGUUAACUCAGCAGCAACCGACUCGACUAUUUUCGGAAGUAAUUGAAUGAUUACCAUAUUCCAAGAUUACCAAAUUGCUUAGAGAUUAUAAGAUUACCAGACAACCAGAUUACUAACCUGCCAGACUGCCGGACUAACAAUGCCACGCCUCAUAUCAGCUCGGUCUGACGUCACAGAUUCAGAAAUGGAUAAAGAAGCUCUAAGAGAAUUCAAAGAACUCAAAGAGCAAUAUUAUUUAAUGGAAAAUGAUCGAAAUGACUCUACUGAGAAAACUCAGAAAAUUCUUCGAAAGUACAGAUAUGAAAUUUCUAUAUUGGAAGCGGAGAGGGAAGAAAUAAACAAAGAACUAUCUCUUGCUGAAUGUGAAAGUAACCAACGUUUGGACUUGAAGAAUGCUGCGAUAUUGAAGAAUUUAUCUAAAACAAAAGAUAAUAUCGAUUUAGAUAUCCAGAAAGUAAGGGAGAUAAUCAACGACUUGGACCAGCAGUUAACCGACUGGAUGCGGAAGCAGAAGGAAUGGAAUCAGAUUUAUGGCAGCUUUGGUAAGAACUUAAAAUAUAGCGUUGCCGUGGAGAAAACCAUCAGAGUGAUGGAGAAUCGGCUGGAUCAUACAUGUAAAAAAUUCAAUCAUUAUUUGACUGAAAACCGCCACCUGCGCCAAAAAAUCGAUUCUUUGAAAGCCGAAAAGGAGAAGUUUGAUGUGAUCCAUCAAAAACUCGAGAAAGAGUACCACCACAUUCGCCAGAAUAUUAUUCAUCUUGUAGAGAAAUCAACACAAGCCUACAGUUACAGGGAAGAUGCGCAGAACCGAAUGGUUGUUAUUGGAGAAAAGUCUGAGAAAGACAUCGCACAGCACCAUGCUGACAUGAAGGAAUUGGUACGCAUCAUUGACCAUGAUCGAAAGUUGCGAGAUUUUAUGAAUCUGAAAUCCAGAGAACGACAAGAAGAUUCGGGAACUCUUGCAUGGCGACAGAAAAGAGAGGUUUUGGAAGCUGAAAGGAAAAAGGAGAGCCAAGAAGACUCUGUGGAGAGAUACGAAGCUGCUGUGGCAAGAAUCAAAGCGAUGACAGGCGAAGACAAUUUGGAUCUGGACGUACCAAAGUUCAUUGAAGUGGAAGACAAAAACUUCGCCCUCUUCAAUUAUGUUAAUGAGAUGAACAGUGAAAUCGAGUUGCUUAAUGACCAGACGAAAGAGAUCCAAAAAGACAUCGAGAAUUUCCAGCAUGAAGGUGCUCAGCUUGACUUCGAGCGGAAGAAGAUUUUAAAUGAACUGGAAUCGCUGAGGCUGGAAGUGUCCAAAGAUAUAUCAAUCAAAGAAGAAUCGGUCAAAGAAAUUUCAAAGAUAUUCGAUCAAAUUAAAACUGCCAUCAAGUCCAUCUUCACGGUUACCCAGUGUGACCCGGCUCCCAUUGACGAUCUUCUGGGUCUGUCAGCCGGCAUCAAUCAAACGAAUAUGAUACAGUACUUGGGAGUGAUAGAACAGCGAGUCAACGAGUUGUUGCUUAUUCAAAUGUAUCUCUCUAGCAAGAAUCAGUUGACCAACGACCCCAAAUUUAAAGAAAGCGAAGAAUCAGACCCAAGGAAUGCUUUAGGCAAUAUUUCAUUCCUUCCUCCUUCAAUCGGAGAGGAAUACCUGGGCGCUGAUGAAAAUAACGACGGAGAAGAUGAGUUAAAACCUCUGACGCGAAGCGAUUUGGAACUCCAGGUCCUGAAAUCCGUGAAACGACGAGAAGAGAGCAGCCAGGGCGAAGACCCGAAAUUUGAAAUGAUGGUGAAUCGAGAAAAAAGCUUAAAAUCGAACCAAAAGAAAGAAUUUAAGAAAGAGAGAAUUUAAAACCAAGAUCAAAGAAUUCUAACCCCACCCCCACUAAAAAAAUCUCCAACUGCAAAAAAACAAACAAACAAACCAACCCCCAAACCCCAACAACUCAAAGAUGCUCCCCUUUCCAAUUUAAGUUUGAAAUUUGAAAAUCUAGAAAUAGAUUUCUACUACUGGGACCUGGAAUUUUGGGGAAGGGACCGCCAGUGCCCUGUUGGUAUUUCUUUUAUUGGUACUGAAAGGAUAAAAAAAAUAAACUUGACCUCGACGGAAUUUGAACUCAGAACGUUAAGCUGGACGAAAUAUUUACGAAGCAUUUUUCCCGGCGUGCUAACGACUCUGCCACCAGAUCGCCCCCUUAAAAAAUAGCUUAUCCCUAAAUUAAAUAACUUCCGGUGUUUUGGUUUCAGAUUAUUAUUAUUAUUAUUAU